GUGACUUUAUGUGAUUAUAUUCAGGCUUGAGGGCCUUCACUUUCCAGAAGCUACCAGGUUGGUCUGUGUGUCUUCAGCUGUCAGUCCUCCCCACCACCGUCACCCACCCCUCCCAUCACUUUGGCGACAGGCAUUUGCUGAUGGGAGACGCAGUGCAGUUAAAAGAUGAAGGUAACAAAUACUUACAGGCAGGAGAUAUUGAUAAAGCCAUCGACUGCUACACGAGAGCAAUCAAGGUGUCGAAGGACACAAAGGUGCUGGCUGUCAUUCACAGGAACAGAGCUGCAUGCUACCUGAAGAAGGAAAAUUAUGCCAAUGCAGCUUCAGAUGCAACUAAAGAUAGAGUAAAAACAAUUGAUGUAGAUGCAGCAGAUAUUAAAGCUUUAUACAGGCGUUGCCAAGCUCUGGAGAAGUUAGGAAAACUGGACAUGGCUUUUAAAGAUGUGCAGAGAUGUGCCACCAUUGAACCAAAGAACAGGAUGUUUCUGGAGACUCUGCGCAGACUGGGAGCAGAAAUCCAGGCCAAGGUCACUCAAACAACAUUCUCCACAGAUUCCAGGGUGCAGAACAUGUUUGAUAUUCUGCUGGAUGAAGAAAUGGAUAAGGACAAGAAGGAAAAAGCUGCCAACAACCUGAUUGUCUUGUCCAGAGAGGAUGCUGGAGCAGAGAGAAUCUUCCAGAAUAAUGGAGUGCCACUGGUGCUUAACAUGAUAGAAACAGGAAAGUCAGAAAUGAUCCUUGCUGCAAUCCGUACCCUGUCGGGGAUGUGCACAGGUCACAAAGCUCGGGCAAUGGCAAUCAUUCACCUGGUGGGCAUCGACAAGAUGUGUAGCAUCAUGGCUGUUGACAAUGAAGAGAUUGCACUGGCAGUAUGCAACCUUUUCCAGUGCAUCAAUGACUCUCUCACUGGUGGAGAUAAGAGAUAUGGGAAAGAAGAGGCCUUGGUUAUGGAUGCAGCCAAAGACCUGAAGACAAUUCUGCUGUCUCUGUUGGAGAUGGUUGGGAGUAAAAAGGUGUCUGGCCAUGGCAGAGACCAAGCCCUGAACCUUCUGUGCAAGAAUGUACCUCGCAAAGACAAGAAAGAACAUAACAGCAGGACCCUUUUUACGAUUGACCACAGCCUGAAGAAGAUCCUCAAGGUGUGUGGUCAAGUUCCUGAAUUGCCAGAUCAGCUUCCCAUGACCGAAAACACACAGCUGAUUGCCAGCGUGCUCCUUAACAAGCUUUAUGAAAACCUUACAUGUAACCCAGAGAGAAACAACUUCAGGGACGUUUGUGGUGACUACAUCACAUCCAAGGUUGACCCCAACAACAUGGACAAGACCAUUCAUGCGGUCAACACCGUGUCAGGUCUCCUGCAGGGCCCGUUUGAUGUUGGCAACGCCCUCGUUGGACGUCAAGGCAUCAUGGAGAUGAUGGUGGCCCUGUGUGCCUCUGAACGCGAGGUGGACCAGAUGGUUGCUGUGGAAGCACUGAUCCAUUCCUCUUCAAAAAUGAGCCGUGCCUCCUUCAUCAUUACGAAUGGUGUUUCACUGCUCAAGGACAUCUACAAAAAAACCAAGAAUGAGAAGAUUAAAAUACGGGCACUGGUGGUAAGUUUGAAUAGAACAGAAUAUGGAUGGCUCUGCAAUCCUCAGAUUGAUACCAGGACAAGGAAGUGGGCCAUCGAGGGCCUUGCUUAUCUGACGAAUGAUGCCGAUGUGAAAGAUGACUUUGUGGAGGAUGAGCUUGCCAUGAAAGCCAUGUUUGAACUUGCCAAGUCUAAGGAUAAGACCAUCUUGUAUGCAGUGGCUUGCACCCUGGUUAACUGCACAAACUGCUAUGACAAGAAGGAAAUCAUCCCUGAGCUGGUUGAGCUUGCCAAGUUUUCCAAGCAACAUGUUCCAGAACAACACCCAAAGGACAAGAAGGAUUUCAUUGAGAAGAGAGUGAAAAGGAUGCUGAAAGCUGGUGUCACUUCAGCUCUGGCUGUUAUGGUCAAAGCUGAUAAUGCCAUCCUGACCGACCAGACCAAGGAGCUGUUGGCAAGGGUGUUCUUGGCAUUGUCAGAAGAUCCCAAAGAUCGUGGCACUAUAGUCGCCCAAGGUGGGGGAAAGGCUCUGAUACCGCUGGCUCUGGAAGGAACAGAAGCUGGGAAGGUGAAGGAUGGCCAUGCCCUGGCUAAAAUUGCAGCAAUUUCAAACCCAGAGAUUGCCUUCCCUGGUGAGAGGGUUUACCCCUGGGUGAGACCUUUAGUCAACCUUCUGCACACCGACAGAGACGGACUACAGAACUUUGAAGCUCUGAAAGGCCUCACCAACCUGGCUGGCUUCAGUGAAAAACUGAGAGUAAAGAUUGUGAAAGAAAAAACUCUGCCUGAAAUUGAGAACUACAUGUUUGAAGAGCAUGACCAGAUCAGACAGGCUGCCACCGAAUGCAUGUGCAGCCUCGUGACGUGUAAAGAGGUCCAGGAGCAUUACAUGGAGGACGGCAAUGACAAACUGAAGCUGUUGGUGCUGCUCUGUGGUGAAGAUGAUGACGAUCUUCAGAUAGCUGCAGCUGGUGCCCUGGCCAUGCUCACUGCAGCUCAGAAGAAACUCUGCAGAAAAAUGACCCUAGUGACAACCCAGUGGCUUGAGAUCCUACAAAGGUUGUGUCUCCAUGACAACACCAAUAUCCAGCACCGUGGCCUUGUGAUUGUCUACAACAUGCUAAACUCGGAUGACAGUGAACUGGCCAAGAAACUGAUUGAGAGUGAGAUGCUAGAAAUUCUCACAGUGAUUGGCAAGGUGGAGGACAAUCCUAAGAGGCAGGAGGUCAUCAAUGUGGCACGCACAUGCCGUCUGGAUCUCGCUCUUGUCAAACCCUUUACCAGCCCUGCCUAAAACAGAAGCAGAAAGCCCAAAAAAUCCAAAUGGACUAUCUUCCCUACUGGUUAACUUUGUUGAAAAGACUGUUUUUCAAAUGUUUUUAUCGCUCUUGGCGCCUGUCUCUCAUAAGACAAAUUGUU